CCCAGGAAGCAUUUCGUCUAGUACAGGAAGUCCUUUACGACCUUGGAUCUUUUUUUCAUUACUGCAUGGACCAGCAUGGCGAAUAAGGAGCCCAGUAGAUUUUUGCAGCACCUGCGGGACAUUGCCAGCAGGAUGUCCUCCGGCUCGCGGGGAGCUGGCCUUGGAGCCAAGCUGCUCAUUGGGGCCGGCGCGCUUGCAUAUGGGGUCAAAGAAGCCACGUAUACAGUGGAAGGUGGGCAGCGGGCGAUUAUCUUCAACAGAAUCGGCGGGAUGCAGAUGGACACUGUCCUUGCUGAAGGGCUGCACUUCAGGAUACCAUGGUUCCAGUAUCCCAUCAUUUAUGACAUCAGGGCCAAGCCCAGGAAGAUCUCCUCCCUCACUGGAAGCAAAGAUCUGCAGAUGGUGAACAUCGCCCUCCGCGUGCUGUCCCGGCCGGUGGCCUCCAACCUGCCCGCCAUGUACCAGCAGCUGGGGAAGGACUACGACGAGCGCGUGCUGCCCUCCAUCGUCAACGAGGUGCUGAAGAGCGUGGUGGCCAAGUUCAACGCCUCGCAGCUCAUCACGCAGAGAGCCCAGGUGUCCUUGCUGAUUCGCCGGGAGCUGUUCGAGCGGGCCAAGGACUUCAACAUCAUCCUGGACGACGUGGCCAUCACCGAGCUGAGCUUCAGCAGGGAGUACACGGCCGCCGUGGAGGCCAAGCAAGUCGCCCAGCAGGAGGCCCAGAGGGCUCAGUUCUAUGUGGAGAAGGCCAAGCAGGACCAGCGGCAGAAGAUCAUCCAGGCUGAGGGAGAGGCUGAAGCUGCCAAAAUGUUGGGAGAGGCCGUGACCAAGAACCCCGGCUACCUGAAACUCCGACGAAUCAGAGCGGCCCAGAACAUCGCCAAGACGGUGGCGGCAUCACAGAACAAGGUGUACCUGAGCGCAGACAGUUUGGUUCUGAACCUCCAGGACGAAUCAUUUAACAAUUUAUCACUGGGGGAUAUGAAGAAGUAACCUUUUCAGACAGCUCUUUCAUUCCACGUUUCUGAGACGUAUACACAUAUAUCCAUCAACCGUAAACAAGUUUCUGUCUCUUAUGUGCCAGUUUCCGGUUUUGUUUGAGGAUGACGUACCAUCUCAGUUAAGACUCAAUUAACACUCAGUUGAGACUCACUUAAGAGUGAAACAGUCCCUGAUUCACUCUUGAGUUUAGGCUGCAGUUCCCUGGUUCCUUCUCCAUGAACUAGUUGUUGAGUCGAUGUUAAUUUGAAGGAAUUUUACGAUUUUGCAUUUGAGACUCCCCUUUUUGUUGCUGUAUCAGGAUAGUGAAAUGUACCAGAUGUUGUAGAGAUUGUGGAAAACCAUAAAAUUUCUAUAUAUAUUUUUCCUUUUUUUAAAAAUUUAAUUUAAAUCUGAAGUCCGGACUUGAAUGCCUCAAUUAGUCGCUGUAAACCACCUUUGCAUUGGUCCAGAUGUGUUUUUUUUUUUUAUGUUGAUUUAUCAUUGCUGUUGGGCAGACCAGCAUGAGCUCACAGGCGCAAGCGAUUUAUGAACAGUCAGUGGGACUGAGGUCAUCCGGGAAACAUAAGAGCUGGUGUCUGAUUGGAGGGGAAGAAACAGGUUCUGCUGAGCAUUUUAGCUUGGCUUCUCUCUCUCUGUGUGAAACGUGGCUUCAAAAAGGACAACACAAUAAAAAUGUUUUUUUUUUCCAGUU